CUCGGUGAUGGCCUGGCUCGUCGCCGCCUCGGCCGCCGUCUCCUCAGCAGCAGCAGGAACCCCAGUCCCCGCCGCCGCCGCCUGGGUCCCCGCCGCCCGCGCGCCGGCCGGCCCGGGCCCGCAGCCAUGGAGGACUUCAUCGUGAUCUCGGACGACAGCGGCUCCGAGAGCUCGGAGGGCGCCCGCUCGGGCCGGGCGCGGAGGCUGCGCCGGGCCCUGUCCCGGACCCCGGGCGCCCUGCCCCGCCGGACCGUGGACUUCAUUGACUUAACCAGAGAAGCCAGACCGAGGCCAAAGGAUCGCAGUGCCAUCUGUGUGAUUGAUCUGACGAGAACGGAGGAGGAAAACAGACCUAUUGCCACUCUUGACUUGACUCUGGAACCCGUUGCUCCCUCCCAGAAGGAGUCAGCCAACCCUCAGACAUGUGCCAGCCUCGCGGGCAAAGAGGCGACGGAAGGGCGGGCGGACAGGAGCGCGUGGCCCGCAGCGCGGAGGAUCAUUAACAGCGACCCUGUGGAUUUGGACCUUUUGGAGGAAUCCGCAUUUGCAGGCGCCCACCCCCCUGCAUCCAUCCGCGGGGCCCCUGUGUGCCCGGCACAGCCGAACUGCAGCUCAGCCGCGUUCAAAGAUGACUUGAGCUUCUUGUCCAGCCUAGAUGUUCACUCCCUCUCCCCAAUAAGCAAUAAUGGCAGCAGCAGCAGUCAAAGGGUGCCCUUGCCAUGCCCUCAGCAAGAUGUCCCUUGCCCACCACAAGCCUUGCCAUGCCCACUGCAAUCCUUGCCAUGCCCACCACGAGCCUCCUCCUGCCCACCACGGGCCUUGUCGUGCCCAUCACAACCUGCGCAGUGCCAACUACAAGCUUUGCCUAACCUGCCUCAAGAAAUGCCAUGCCUUCAGAAUAUGUCAUGCCCUCAGCAAAGUAUGACAAGCCCACCUCAGGACUCCUGGCAUCCUCAGCACUUACCAUGCUCACCUCAGGACUCCUGGCAUCCUCAGCACUUACCAUGCCCACCUCAGGACUCCAGGCAUCCUCAGCACUUACCAUGCCCACCUCAGGACUCAACAUGGCAUCCUCAGCAUUCACCAGGCCAACCUCAAAACUCAUCAUGGCAUCCUCAGCACUCACCAGGCCCAUCACAAGACUCUCUCUGCCCGUCUCAAGACUCUCUGGGCCUACCUCAAGGUGUACCUGGCCCACCUCAGAACAUAUCCUGUCCACAGGAAGUGGCACAUCUGCAAGACAUGCCACAGUCACUGGGAGAUAUGCCACAGCCGCCAGAUGUGCCCCAGUCAUCAGGAGACAUGUCACAGUCAUUGCGAGAUGUUCCACGGUCACCAAGAGAUGCACCACAGACACCAAGCUAUGCACCGCAAUCACCGAGAGAUACACUGCUGCCACCAAGAGAUACACUGCGGUCACCAAGAAAUACACUGCCGUCACCAAGAGAUAUACCACGGUCACCAAGAGAUACACUGCCGUCACCAAGAGAUAUACCGCGGUCACCAAGAGAUACACUGCCGUCACCAAGGGAUGCACCACAGACACCAAGCUAUGUACCGCAAUCACCAAGAGAUACAAUGCGGUCACCGAGAGAUACACCGCGGUCACCAAGAGAUACACUGAGGUCACCCAGAGAUGCACCGCAGACACCAAGUUAUGUACCGCAAUCACCAAGAGAUACACCGUGGUCACCAAGAGAUGCACCGCAAUCACCAAGAUGUGCACCCCAGUCACCAACAGGUUUGCCACAGUCACCAAGAGGUAUGCCACAGUCACCUAGAGAUGUGCCAUGGUCACCAAGAUGCGCACCACAGUCUCCAAGAGAUAUGCCACAGUUAACUGCAGAAGUCGCGCAUUUACCUGAUGUGCUCCAUUCACCUGGAGACAUGCCACCCUUGCUAGAAAACAGGCCUGACUCUAUCCCAAAUGAUGUACAGAACCAUGACACUCCUAUGGAUGUCUCAGGUCCAUCUUCUCCAAGCUGCUCUCUCAGCCCACAGUCUCCACAGUCUGAAACUUCCUUAGAGAAAAUUCCCUGGCUCUCUGUCACAGAAACUCCAGCCAGAAAGGGGAUGUCACUGUCAGAGCCUGCCAACCCCGGGUCUGCCCACAUACAAGCACGAUCACCAGCAGGCGCAUUGUACAACAGACCAUGCCUGCAUAGACUGAAGUACUUCUUACGACCUCCGGUGCAUCACCUUUUCUUCCAGACACUAAUACCCGAUAAAGACAUGAGAGAGAACAGGGGUCAAAAACUAGAACCCAUCCCCCAUCGAAGACUAAGAAUGGUAACAAACACCAUUGAAGAAAAUUUCCCCCUGGGGACGGUGCAGUUUCUGAUGGACUUCGUGUCCCCCCAGCAUUACCCACCCAGAGAAAUCGUGGCACACAUCAUCCAGAAAAUCCUGCUCAGCGGCUCUGAGACCGUGGACGUCCUGAAGGAGGCCUACAUGCUCCUCAUGAAAAUCCAACAGCUCCAUCCAGCUAAUGCCAAGACGGUGGAGUGGGACUGGAAGCUGCUCACGUACGUCAUGGAGGAAGAGGGACAGCAUCUGCCUGGGCGCGUCCUCUUCCUGCGCUACGUGGUGCAGACCCUGGAGGACGACUUCCAGCACACGCUGCGGAAGCAGCGGCAGCACCUGCAGCAGUCCAUCGCCAGCAUGGUGCUGUCCUGCGACAAGCAGCCCCACAACGUCAGAGAUGUGAUCAAGUGGUUGGUUAAGGCGGUGACCGAAGGCGCGUUACCUCAGCCCCCAAAUGGGAGUCUCACCGGCUCGGGAACAGGCACCACGAAGGCCGGCAGCAGCCACACGCCUCCCCCUCCCGCUCUGACGAAGAACGCCACGCAGGUGAUCGUGUGCCAGCUGCAGAGGAUGCUGUCCAUAGCCGUGGAGGUGGACAGGACCCCCACCUGCAGCUCCAAUAAAAUCGCCGAGAUGAUGUUCGGGUUUGUGCUGGACAUUCCCGAGAGGAGUCAGAGAGAGAUGUUCUUCACCACCAUGGAGAGCCACCUUCUGCGCUGCAAAGUGCUGGAGAUCAUCUUCCUGCACAGCUGCGAGACGCCCACCCGCUUGCCCCUGUCGCUGGCCCAGGCCCUGUACUUCCUGAACCACUCCACGUCGCUGCUCAAGUGCCAGUCGGACAAAGCCCAGUGGCAGACGUGGGAUGAGCUGGUGGAGCACCUGCAGUUCCUGUUAUCCAGCUACCAGCACGUUCUCAGAGAGCACUUACGGAGUUCGGUGAUCGAUCGGAAAGACUUAAUCAUCAAAAGGAUUAAGCCCAAGCCCCAGCAAGGCGACGACAUCACCGUGGUGGACGUGGAGAAGCAGAUCGAGGCCUUCCGCAGCCGCCUGGUGCAGAUGCUGGGCGAGCCGCUGGCCCCCCAGCUCCGAGACAAAGUGCACCUGCUGAAGCUGCUGCUCCUCUACGCUGCGGACCUGAACCCCGACGCAGAGCCCGCCCCCCAGCACUGGGGCAGCCGCUGAGGCCCCUCCGCACCGAGCACCAGAAUACCUCUGGGACUGGGUCGCCUACUACUUGCAAGUUCGGAAAGUCUGGAAAGUAGUUAAGAGUCUUACAGGACCAAGCCUAUCCUAUUUAUCUGUAGGUUAUAACUUUCUAACUCUUUAGUAAAUAGCUUUUUUAAAAUAAUCCUAUCCUAGCCUAUACUCAAAUAUGGCUUAAAUAUACAAGGUGUAUAUAUUUUUUGAUAAAUUAUUUAUCUAUACUUUUUGAAACAGGUACUAUAAGCACUUACAUGUUUAACAUUCCCAUUCAGGAUAUGAAAAAAAUCCUCUGAACAAAUCCUAGACAUCAAAUGUUACGCAAGGUACUGAUGCCCUGUUCUGAAAGAGAAAGACACAUCCGCUUCUCCCUAACGGAACACAAACAUCAAUAUUAGAUUUGUUAUAUUGCCUAUGAAUUUGAUUUUGUGGCAAGUCUAUUAAGAUAUAAUGUAACGGGGAAAGGAUGGAAAGUUAGAAAUUAAAGAGGAUGAGUGUUAACAAAAAAUGUUAAAAGGAUACAAUAAAAAGGCAAUGGUUUUUCAAAAUACCAAGUUUACUUGCUUACCAGGACUGUGAGUAAGCAGAAUGCAAUAACCACUCUUAAUAGGACGUUUGAGAAAGUAGUAAAGAAUUUUAUUAUUAAAACAAGUAAGAGAUACGAGCUUAACAGAAGACACAA